AUGGCGCCUUGGGGAAACAAACUGUUCUCUUCGGCGAGCUCCAGUCAUGAACCAGGGCCGGGGACAGCAGGACUGGGCGCAACGUCUCCCACACGAACGCGGGUACAAUCAAGAGUCACCGAGGCGGAUAUACUAGACAAUGCCUACGGCAUCCCGACCUUGUCGCACGGAACACUCAGGUCGAGCUCCUCCAAUUCAAGGCAGACGGCGAGCCAUGGCAGAUCCAUGAGCCACCCGUUUCCCUCCCUGUUCGCUGGGAGAAAGAAACAUCACAGUGAUGCUGCGGCCGACUUCGAAUCCACCGACGAUGAUUCAAUCUCCCCCGGACCGUCCAAGACCUCUUUGCUUAAUCCGAGCGUCAAGCAGUCCAAAGUCCCAGAUAAGGACCUCAUGACAGGGAAGUGCAUGACUUGCGAUUCCAUGGUGCGUUGGCCGAAAGAUCUGAAGGUUUUCCGGUGUACGGUGUGCUUGACGAUCAAUGAUCUGAAGCCUGUUGUCUUAGAAACGAGGCAUGGGGAUGGGCACAGGGCCGUGAAGACAGGCACACAUCCAGUAUCAGCAUAUACGCAACAUGUGGCUCCCUUGUCUAUUGCCAAAACAGGACGGCUUAUUGAUCAGUGCGUAACGGAAUAUCUCUUAGGCAGAUUGAAGCAUGAUGAUGGAAAUACUUCUGGCUCGCCACCACAGCCCAUACUGCAAGGCGGCGACAUUACCAGAGGCGAUGGUCCUGGUAGAUUGCAUACACAAGCACAAAAUAUUGCGCAGCCACCUGCUACCAUAUCUUCAAUACCCCACUCACGACUUCCCAUUAACCAGGCCAACGAAAGGUCUAGCUUCAGACGCGAGAGUUCUGACAGGCAGAGUUCUGGCGGGCACCGUCGUGCACAAACAGUUACUUUCUCAGCAUCGACCUCAGGAAGCUUCUUUAGUACCCAUGUGGAACAGAAGCGAAGAGAGCCUUACUCGAGCAUGCCGAAGGAUGCCGCUGCAGGUGAUCGCCAGGGUUAUUCGGAUGCUCAAUAUUCUGCAGACACUACAAACGCUGACCAGGCACAACGGGAACGAGCAGAGACCACAAGAAAUAUUUUCAAACCUCUAGAAGACUAUAUCAUCACGUCUUUUGGAGCAUUCGAAUGCAUCAAUAAUUCAUUCAGUAAUUUGAAUCCGAACUUGGCUCUAAGAACAGCUAGCGAGGGAAGCAGCAGAACUAUGAAUCCAUUGCAAAGCGCGAGGCACACUGGAACUGACGAAGUCAUGUCGGAAUUGGACGCCAAGACUCUUCUUCUUGGCGAUGUUGCGGAAAAUGGCUCCUGGUGGACCGGAGGCAUGAGAAGCCCUGAACGUUCACGGAGGAGCCGCAAUAGGGAAGCUUCGAACGAUGGUUCAGUCACGUUAAAGUCUCCUCGAAUUGACUGGGCCGAUGUCAACGAAUGGUAUCACCUGGUUCUAAAUGCUGGUCGGUUUUGGCGGCGUAAAUUGGACGAUCUCAUGGCUUCCGAGCUGCAUGAAUUACGCCCAACGGGGCCGCCCCCUGAAGAGAUGGAUGACAUUGAGGCUCAAUUAAUGGAGGCCCGCGAGCAUACUCAGCGGGUUUUGCUGAAAGCUACUGAGAACCUGCUCAAGCGUCCCGGACGGCCUUUGCUUGAACCCAAUGAUCUUCGAUUUCUUCUUAUCAUUCUUGCGAACCCUCUACUCUACCCUGCUCAUGCGAGCUCGAGAGCAAAAGAGCGAAGCAGGUCGAGGUCAAGGUCACGGGACAUAAAGAUGCCGUACGCGACAAAUAAUCCCAGUACGUCGAAGAAGAGAACAGAACCUCUAGCUCUCGCGUCGUCGAAUGGAAAUGGAGGAGGCAGCUCUGGCAAACAUUCGGGAAUUAUUAAACGGAUACUCGGCCUCUUGUCUAAUGUUCCCAAUGAGUGCCAUCACCACCUCGUCUCCUGGUUUGCGAGGUAUUCUGAUAGUCAUUUCCAAAGGACUACUGAUCUUAUUGGGAGCUUUGUUACCUAUAGGCUUACUAGGCAGCAUGGAAAGAAACAUGAAGUGGACCAGGAUCCCACUGCUGGUCUCAUUCCAAAUAUGAGUGGGACUGGGAGGACUACGUCGGCGGCUUUACAUGCGGCCCUUGGAGUCACAGGACAGGCCGGAAAGAAGCGCGACGGGAAGCCACAAACCGUUAUCUAUAAUGAUGACUGGCAGAUAAGAGCGGCUGCACGAGUGAUGGCAUUGUUAUUCUCCGCAAACAACAGCGGUCUGACCAGGAGGGGGGACACGCGCACUUUAUCUGUCCCUGACAACGAGCGAAGUAUCGGCCUGGCCGCUCGAGAAAGGGCUCAUAGACAUGGACAGAUACUACCAACAAGCGACUUCUACAACACACUGCUUGAUUACUCGGACCUCAUUGCUGAUUUCGAAGCAUGGGAAGCAAGACGAGGAAAGUUUACCUUCUGCCAAUACCCAUUCUUCUUAAGCAUCUGGGCAAAGAUACAGAUCAUGGAGCAUGAUGCACGAAGACAGAUGGAGGUGAAGGCCCGAGAAGCUUUCUUUGACAGUAUCAUGACCCACAAGACAGUCAAUCAAUAUCUUGUACUGAAGAUUCGCCGGGAAUGCCUUGUAGAAGAUAGUUUGAAAGGGGUCAGUGAGGUCGUAGGCUCAGGAGAUGAGGAGAUCAAGAAGGGGCUCCGUAUCGAAUUUAAGGGCGAAGAGGGUAUUGAUGCGGGCGGCCUGAGGAAAGAAUGGUUUCUCCUACUCGUCAGAGAUGUCUUUAACCCUGAUCAUGGCAUGUUUACCUAUGACGAGGACUCCCGUUUCUGCUACUUCAACCCGAACAGCUUCGAAACGACAGACCAGUUCUUCCUAGUCGGUGUUGUCCUUGGACUUGCAAUAUACAAUUCCACUAUCCUUGAUGUUGCCCUUCCGCCUUUUGCUUUCAGAAAAUUGCUAGCGGCUGGCCCCGCUGCUGCACCUGGGGCAACAUCACAUGCCAAGCCAUUAAUGACUUACACUUUGGAAGAUCUAGCUGAAUAUCGACCUGCACUAGCCGCUGGCCUCCGACAGUUGCUCGAAUUUGACGGUGACGUCGAGAACACUUUCUGCCGAGACUUCGUGGCAGAUGUAGAGCGAUAUGGCCAAACCGUGCAAGUGCCACUUUGCCCAGACGGGGAGAAGAAGCCGGUCACGAAUUCCAACAGACGGGAGUUUGUCGACCUCUACGUACGCUACCUUCUUGACACUGCUGUCUCACGUCAGUUUGAACCAUUCAAACGUGGAUUCUUCACGGUCUGUGGAGGCAAUGCGCUGUCCCUUUUCCGUCCCGAAGAAAUCGAGCUUCUCAUCCGAGGAUCCGACGAGCCUCUUGAUAUCGCAUCUCUUCGAGCAGUCGCUAUUUGUGAGAAUUGGGGGGUUCCAAAUGCGGCAGAGACAGAGCCAGUGAUACAGUGGUUCUGGCAGUCCUUCCAAACGGCAAAUCCAAAGGACCAGCGAAAGCUCCUGAGCUUUAUUACUGGUAGUGACCGUAUACCAGCCAUGGGGGCCACCAAUCUGGUAAUCAAGCUUUCUUGUUUGGGCGAUGAUAGCCCGAGAUUUCCAGUAGCAAGAACAUGCUUUAACAUGUUGUCGUUGUGGCGUUACUCUUCAAGACAGAAGCUGGAAACGAUGCUUUGGCGCGCAGUUAAUGAGAGCGAGGGGUUUGGAUUGAAGUAA